ACAGACAAUAACUGUAACACACGGAACAUUUCAGUACAGCGUUUUGGUUCCAGUUAAAGGUCGACUUUAUAGCCGUCUGUUGUUUUCAGCUAAACAACGCGCAAAUAGACUACUAAUUUCAAAAUGCCGAGAGGAAGCAGAUCAUCACGGAUGGCGCCUCCUGCCAGACGGGCUCCAUCACCACAGCCAAUGUCGAGGGCUCCACCUCCCAUGGCCAGGGCGGCCCCCCCUCCCUCCUAUGCCCCGGCUCCAGCACACGCUCCUCCGUCUGCUGUGGGUGCCCCAGCAGCACCCAAGCAGCCCGGUAUGUUCGCCCAGAUGGCGACUACAGCAGCUGGAGUGGCAGUGGGAUCUGCAGUCGGACACGUCAUCGGCAACGCCAUGACUGGAAGUGGAGGAGGAGGAAACUCAGAGUCUGCCAAGCCUGAUGUCACAUAUCAGGAGCAGAACCAGCAGUACCCGGCUCAGCCCAUGUACCAGCAGCAGCCACAGUCCUCCAUGUACCAGCAGGAGGCCCCUCAGCAGCAGCAGGCCUGCUCCUAUGAGCUCAAACAGUUCAUUGAGUGUGCCCAGAACCAGCACGACUACAAGCUCUGCGAGGGCUUCAGCGAGGUGCUCAAACAGUGCAAGUCUAACUAUGGUAUGUCGUGAGACUGAGAUAACAUCCUGGAGAAUGAAGCAGAGCGCACACAAACUCAAAUAAGCGGUCAUGCUUGAUCAAUAGUACUAGGGUGUUGAUUCUUAAAAAGAUUUGUUACUAUUGUGUUCAUUCUCAGGACAAUGCUGUAGAGUUGGAAGUAACAGUGGUAUAAAUAAUGUUUAUAUAUCGUGUUGCAUGUUAAUUUCAGUGGAGUGUUGUUCAUUAGCUUUAGUGCUUUUAAUUUAAAUAAAUGAACUGCAUUUGUUGAUCAUGCUACCUUGUAAAACCAUCAGUUCCUGUCUUCUGGAUGAUGGAGGUCUGCAGUUUAGGUUUUAAAACAAUAAAGCACUUCAAAAAACAA